AGGGGUCUUCAUGUAGUGCCCACGAGUCACACAGCCAUUGAAGGGUCUUUGUGAUCCUCCCGGCAGCUGUGUGUGUCUUCUCCUCUGUGCUGAUAAUGAUGACAGUGAAGUCUCCCCUCCCCCUCCGAAUAGAGAUAAGCUCGGACUGUCCGCCUCUAAUGAUUCCUGACACUCUGCACUCCCUGGCCGGCAUGUAUGGGGUUAAGUGUUGUCAGCUCGGCGCUCGCCUAUCUCCCCUGAUCUCUCGCUGGUGAGAUGAGAAGUCGGUGCAUGCUCAGAAGACACAGGGGACAUGUACACGGGAUACAUUCAUAGAGUCUCAUUCUAUUCCACACCGGCAGCCGGAGCGCACCGACUUCUCCCAUUCAUGGUGAAUGAACACAGAUCAGCAAAACUGCCAGUGGAGAUAUUUGCUGGAGACAAUGGGGACGAAAGAACUGCUGUCUGUGGUGGAACCAGAGCUGUGAAAGGUGAUGGGGAUUGCAGAAUGGCCAAGUACUGUAUCGCGGGUCUGAGGCCCGACCUUCUCUAAUUCUCUUUGUUGAUCAUCAUCUUAUCCGGAUGGAACAGUUUACAAGGAAUCAGUCCAGGGACAGCUGCUCGGCUGUAUCAGUGUUUAUUCAGAGGACAUUUUUCGGAAAGACUUUAAAAUUUCUAAUAGCACCUUCAUGGAUAGUAAAUACCCAGUGCAGCGUCUCUGACUAUCUAUAGACAGGAAACAUGGGAAGCAGUGUAAAAUGGAUUAUAUUAUGAUGGUUUAGGAAUUCUUUCAUAUCAUUUCAUGUUUUAGUCACUGUGUCCCAGAACAUUUUCUGACCAUGGCUGUAGAACAAACCAGUCCACAGCUGUUCAAUGUCUCCUAUCAUUCGGAGGACAACCAUCAUGAAGAGCAGAGGGAUCCAGCAGAGAAGAUUGACAGCUAUCGGUCGCUAAGUUUGCCUGUCUUAAAUGGGUGUUGUAAAUCAACCUUUCAAGAAUUUGAGUCGAAAGUUGUAGACACGUCACAAACAGCAGUUGUCGGAGCAAAAAGAAGUUUUUUGUAUGGUGUUCAAAAGGAAUCGGAUUUCAGAGUUGGCCAUCAUAGAAACCUGUCCACCCAAAGCAGUGCGCCGUCCAGUAGGACAAUCUUUUCUUUUGCUGCAUCCAGUUUUCUUGGUGCGGGAAACACAGAUAAAAUAGAAUCCACUAGCACUACCAAUAAUAAAAAAGGCGUCUCUCAAUCAAUGACACUUUCUACAAUAAAAAGCAACCGGGGUUUUGGCGUAACAUUGACGGAUUCCCGAUGUUUCCUUGUCUGCAUGUGUCUUUUAACUUUCAUCCAGUCAUUGAUGGUGUCUGGUUAUUUAAGCAGUGUGAUAACCACUAUUGAAAGACGGUAUAGCUUGAAGAGUUCCGAGUCUGGUCUUCUGGUCAGCUGUUUUGAUAUCGGAAGCCUUUUAGUGGUGGUUUUCAUCAGCUACUUUGGAGGACGAGGUUGCAGGCCACGCUGGCUAGCAGUAGGCGGUUUAUUUAUCGCUGUAGGAGCCGUUAUUUUUUCCUUACCUCAUUUCAUUUCUCCACCAUAUCAAAUUCAGGAAAUGAACUCUUCUCACGCAAAUGAAGGGUUGUGUAUGAAUAGCAAUACAACUGCCAAAGAUCCAUUAGAGUCAUCAAUGUGCCCAAAGGACUCAGGAGGGAAAGACCAUUCCCUUUAUGUAGCUUUAUUCGUCUGUGCUCAGAUUCUCAUUGGCAUGGGAUCCACACCCAUUUACACCCUGGGUCCAACUUACUUAGAUGACAAUGUCAAGAAGGACAAUGCUUCACUUUACCUAGCAAUCAUGUACGUCAUGGGUGCGCUUGGUCCAGCUGCAGGUUAUUUGUUAGGAGGCGUUCUUAUUGGAUUUUAUGUUGAUCCCCGAACCAUUGUAAACAUUGAACAGAGUGACCCCCGAUUCAUCGGUAACUGGUGGAGUGGAUUCCUGUUGUGUGCAAUGGCAAUGCUACUGGUUAUCUUCCCAAUGUUUACCUUCCCCAAAAAACUUCCACCUCGACAGAAGAAAAAAAAGAAAAAGAAAAGUAAUUCAUAUGACGUGUCCAGUGAUGAUGAUGUGAUGAAGGAGAAAUCCAGCAACAAAGUAAAAACGGACACUGCUUCUGGCCCAUCUAUUGGAUUUGGCAAUAAUUUUAGAGACCUUCCAAGAGCAGCAGUAAGAAUUUUAAGCAACAUGACAUUCCUUUUUGUGAGUUUGUCAUACACAGCUGAGAGUGCCAUUGUCACCGCUUUUAUUACCUUCAUUCCCAAGUUCAUCGAGUCACAGUUUGGCAUCCCAGCUUCCAGUGCCAGCAUCUACACUGGCCUGAUCAUUGUGCCCAGUGCUGGUGUUGGGAUUGUGCUAGGUGGUUACAUCAUCAAGAAACUUAAACUGAGCGCAAGAGAAUCUGCAAAGUUGGCCAUGAUCUGUAGUGGUGUGUCCCUGCUCUGUUUCUCUACCCUGUUCAUUGUGGGAUGUGAGAGCAUCAAUCUUGGUGGUAUUAAUAUACCUUAUACUACUGGCCCCACGUUAACGAUGGCACACAGGAAUCUAACAGGUGGCUGUAAUGUUAACUGUGGUUGUAAAAUACAUGAAUACGAGCCAGUGUGUGGAUCAGAUGGAAUUACAUACUUCAAUCCUUGUCUUGCUGGAUGCAGCAAUGUGGGAAAUCAAACCAUUGCAGUAAGAAAUUACACUGAAUGUGCCUGUGUCCAAAGUCGACAGGUCAUCACUCCACCCACAGUGGGUCAACGCAGCCAACUCCGAGUGGUUAUUGUCAAGACCUAUCUGCAUGAAAAUGGUUAUGCUGUGUCGGGGAAAUGUGAUCGCACCUGCAAUACACUCAUUCCAUUUCUGAUAUUUCUCUUCAUCGUUACUUUCAUCACAGCAUGUGCACAACCCUCAGCCAUCAUUGUGACUCUCAGGUCUGUGGAUGAAGGUGAGCGGCCUUUUGCAUUAGGAAUGCAGUUUGUUUUGCUGAGAACUCUUGCUUACAUUCCUACACCGAUCUACUUCGGCGCUGUUAUUGAUACAACUUGCAUGCUUUGGCAGCAGGACUGUGGAGUACAAGGCUCCUGCUGGGAAUACAACGUGACAUCAUUUCGUUUCGUUUAUUUUGGACUGGCAGCUGGUUUGAAAUUCUUAGGAUUCAUUUUUAUAUUUCUGGCCUGGUAUUCCAUUAAACACAAAGAAGAUCAGUUGCAAAGGAGAAGGUGGCGGGCCUCCCCAAUAAGCACAGUCAGUGAGAUGAUCGGCAACACCAGAGCGGAGCCAAAUUAUGCACGGACCAGAUCCUGCCCCGCCUUCGGCGCCAGGGAAGAGCCAAAUGAAGACAGUAGCAUAGACAAAGGAAUCCAGCACAUAGCACAAACCUAUCCUGGGCCUUUCCUGGAAGCAAUAAAUUCAUCCUUUGAUAUAUCUCAAGAGGAGACCCCGGCUGACACAUAGUUUGGAUAGUCAGAGUCCAUUUUCCUGGCCGAGUUUAGUGUGGCGCCUUGUGCAACACGUGCCUUUUAUAUGAACUACAAACAUAUGGAAAAAUGAUACCACCUUUUAAUCAGUAGCAACAGGGUUGUUGGGGGCUGGUUACCUCAACAAAAUUCGUUUUUUUUUUAAUUGUUAGUGGUAAACCUGUGCUCUACCCUUAUGAAUCUGUACUUUACUAAAUGGUUCCUAAAUGAAAAAAAAAAUACUGAAGAAAUAUUGGAACGGCACAUUUGGAAUUGCUCCAUGACAUUUACAUCUCGGUUGUAAGAUUUGCAAUGUAAAGUUUACCCGUUGGCCAUCUUGAAUUACCCAAUAUCCCUUGUGCAAAGACAAAGAUCAUAAAUAGGUCUGACACACUCGCUGAACAGGCUAAUCAGAGGCAUCCACAGAUGAGGAUUUUUGUAAUUAACAGUAGUUACAACAGGUAGGACUGCAGUUUUUGAAAAUAGCUGACAGAUUCCGUUUAAAGCAGUAUUAAACCCAAAAACAAGUAUUUAUUAAUAUUCAGCUUACCAAUUCUUAGAUGUGGUG